AUGGCGUCAGCUCAGCAGCAAUUUGGUGGCGAGAAUAGUGACGAGGUUCUGGCUGUUCUUGUUCGUAUGAAAGAAGAGGAUAAUAGCUUUAUAAGAGAUGUCAGUAUUGGAAAAGAUGGGAUAUCAGUUGUUCUUGCCUCUGAUGUUCAGUUAGCAGAGCUUGAAACAUUUUGCACCGACGAAGCAAUGUUUACCGUAAUGCAAAUUGACCCUACCUUCAACUUGGGCCCUUAUGAGUGCACGCCAAUAUCAUAUCGAAAUUUGCUACUUGAAAGAAAAUCGACGGGCAAACCUCCUAUUUUUGUUGGACCUGUACUGCUGCACUACAAAAAGGAUGAGCGCACUUUCAAAGAUUUCUUAAACAAGCUUAAGUCGUUGAGACCUGGAUUGCAAGACAUCAUUUCCGUUGGAACUGAUGGCGAAAAAGCCCUCAUAAAUGCUUUGCAGGACUGUUUGGCGAAAGCGUCUGAAAGGUCACUUCGUUGCUUCAGGCACUUUCGCCAAAACGUGGAAGAUAUGUUAUCCAGGGCUGGUAUCAAAGGUGCAUCUGCAACUCAGUAUGUUUGGGAAAUUUUCGGCAAGACAGCAACCGAUGGAUCUUAUGAGACAGGCUUGCUAGACAGUGAUUCAGAGGAUGAAUUCGACGCAAUGCUCGCUUCUUUGAAGCCUGUCUGGGAAUCCCGUGAAAACGGCAGCAAAGCCUUUGAUUACGUCAAGCAGAGGUCAGGCAUGAUGAAGAAGAAUAUGAUUGCCAAGGUUCGUAGAGAAGCCGGUCUCAUCUCUAUGUCAGCCAGUGUCGACGUUCCAGUCAAGUUUUACACUUUAGAAGCUGAAAGUACAAACAACAGGAUCAAGGCUAAGAAGAAACGUAGAGCAUCUGGUUUUAUGGGAACAAUAGAAGCUAUUCGUUCUAUUGAUGAAGAGCAGCAAGAAGAUUUCGCAUUAGCAGUAGCUGGGCUGCAUGAAGAUCUUCAACUGAGAGAAGAAUUUGCCAAAUUUCAGCGCCCAGAUUUCCUGGAACUAUCUACCAAAGAGAGGAAGAAAUUCAUUUCUAAACUUCGCAGCACCAGAGUUAGCAAGUUAUUAACAGACGAUCUUUCCUCAGUCUUGUCUGCAAACGCAAGUAGAACAGCAGGAGAGCGAUUGGAACCCGGAGAUGAACGAUGCACUCUUCCUUUACAAGGUCUUGGAAUUCAAACUACACCUGAAGACACAGAUGAGAGCCUCGACCAUUUAGCGAUUAAUGAUGAUGAUGAAAGACUAUCAAACUUGCCUGCUUUCACAAGACAAGGGAUUCUACGGAAGGCAAACCUUAUUCUCAGAGACAAGUCUGUGUAUGAAGGACCUUCAAUGAAGAAAGAGAACAAGCGGUGGUAUUCCGUUGGUAGUUUCUCUUCCGACAAGCCACAUCAAGUAGCCGUUAAAGAAGUUGAUGGUGAGGUGUGCUGUGAUUGUGAAGGAUGGCGUGCACAAAAAUUUUGUGCCCAUGCAGUUGCUGUUUCUCAACACAUUGGAAUGCUGUCCAGUUACUUAGAUUGGUACUCUAAGAAGAAAGACAGCAGAAACGUUACAAAUAUUGUGAACAUGAAUGUGAAGAAGCAAUCUCUUGGACGGAAAGCCAAAGACAAGCUUCCGCGGGACAGGAAAAGGAAAGCGGAACCAACUGUCCUUGUAAAGACGAAAACCCGAAGAAAGAGUUUUCCAAAAGACAAAAAUGAGCAUCACCGUUACAGACUUUUGUGUCUUAGCGAGACAACAGCUUAUAAAUGUUAUGGUUGUGACAGCGCAAUGCGUUGUCCCCCCGCCGUCCCACCAUCGCCCGACAACUUGACGUUGACAACGAUGGAAUACCGGUCUUUCUUGCGUGAUGGGAAAUUGCAAGUUAAGUAUCAACGGACAUAUUAUCACGUCAGCCAAGCAUGUGUGCUGAAGAAGAAUGACAAUUUCUCAUCAGCUGCAAUUUUUCUGAAAGAUUGUCCUCAACUGGAUACCAAACAAAAGCAAAAACUAAAGAAAGAGUUUGGACUCCAAAUAUAA